CAACAUCAGCGCACAAGCACACACACACACACAAAAUCUCUUUUCUCCUCUGUCCUCCGGUUUUCCUUUUUCUGAGAAUCGAAUUUCAAAUCAGCUGAUGAGAAAAAUACUGCAACAAUAUGAUGGAUACGCUCCAAUUUCCAUGAUUCUUUGUAUUUAAGUCUCUGAUGAUUUGUUUCGUUCCUUCAUCUUCACCAAUUUUUUUUAUUUAUAUUCAUGAAUUUUUUUUAAAAAAAUUUCCAAGUGAUAUGAUGAGGAACUUAUUGGUCCGUGUUUCUGAUUUAACCGUGACCGACAAACCUUAACCAACUCUGAUCGCUCUUUUAUACAUACGCUCAAUUUAAUUUGAAGUUUUUGAAAUUUUUCCUGCUUUUUAGUGGUUGCUCUGUGAUUACCUGCCUGAAAUGGGCAAUAUACGCUAUUCCGAUUAUUACAUGACCGGAGAAACUUCUAGAGAAUGUAUGAGAGUUAGCUGCUAAAUCUUGUUUUUUUUUCUUUUCUUGCUUUUUCUUUAUGCCUGUCUUAUUCUGCGGUGAUGAAUUCUGGAUAAAUUUCACAUGUCAGACUUCAGAGAUUUCACAAUCAAUGAGAAUUAAAAUUCUAGUUUUCUGAGCAGAAUUUGUUGAUUUCAUGAAACUGUUUUCAAUUUUGUUGAAAAAGGGUUUAAGGAUUUUGAUUUGUAUGUAAUGUGACGUGAGAUUUCUGUCUCGAAUUCUCAUGCUUUUGAAUGGGAGCAAGAAGUAAUUGUGAUUGUAGAUUCCCAAGUAAGCGUCACAAAGCAAGCCAUGUAACGUCGACCGGUCCUCCGUCCCAUUCGUGGGAGGGAGCUCCUCCGUUACGGGGCGGUCUCAUAUUCCAUCGCCUUGUGGAGCAGCGUUGCUGCCUUUACCAUUUGGGACAUGCCAUGAGACGUACAUUCUGUUUUCACACAAGAACAGACAGUUUCAGGAUUUGAACAUUUCACAAGUUACUUCUUGGGCCUUGCUAUAUUUGGCCACGGGUUUAGGCUUUACCCUUGCCAAUUGGCUAAAUCCGGAUGAGUAAGAUCUCCUAAAGAUUGCACGUUACGAAGUAAAUGAAGUUGAAUUAGCUGGCAGAUUUCGAGCUGAUUGUACCUCAGAAAUUUCACCAGAACUAGGACCAAUACUCUUGAAAUAAUGUGGUUGGAUAUUGCUAUUUUGCUACCCCGUCUGUAGUUUUAUGAUGCAGUGCUAAUACUUUCAUAUGACAUUGCAUUAAUACUUUCAUAUGACAUUGCAUUAUUGAUCGAGAAGUUUUUCUCCGAGCGAGGUGAUAUUUUAACCUUGAGUACAAACAUCCUCUCCUCGUAUAUGCAUAUUUGGUGUGAUUGUCCAAACUUACUAGUUCCAAAUGUACCGACUAGACGUGAGGGGUGAAAUGGUAAAGGACAUUGUUUUCAAUAGAUUAUAGCUAAUUGGAGUAAGUAACCUUUAGAAUGGUCAAACACAGUUGGCUGGGAAAGGCUCUUUCUAAUUACCAAAAUCAAAAUUUAGUCGUGGAAGGUUCAAGGAAACUGCGUCUCUCUCAGAUGGAGAGAGUCAUAUUUUGUUUGCCUGUGAGUUCUUUCUUGAUCACCAAGAUAUACCUUCUCUUCUUCCUUACAUAAAUACAAACUCGUCUGUGUAAUAGCAAAAAGAAAUCCCGUCCAUACUUGUUUCCUUCAUCAAUUUCAACAAACAGUGCAGUGGAGGAAGAUGAUGAAGAUGGGGGAACUGUGGACACAGCUGGGCUCAGUGGCGGCCAGCAUGAUGUUUGCUUAUGCCAUGUUCAAACAAUUCUUCCCAGACGAUCUUGGCAACAUCCUUGAAAAAUAUACCCAAAAAUUGGUGGGUUAUGUCUACCCUUACAUCCAAAUCUCCUUUGAUGAAUACACAGUUGAGUUUUUAAGACGCAGCGAAGUUUAUUCUUCCAUCCAAAGCUACCUCAGCACCAAGUCCUCCACCAGAGCAAAACGCCUCAAGGCUCUCGAUGUUAAGGGCAGCAAGGCCCUUGUUCUCGGCAUGGACGACAACGAAGAGGUCACCGAUGAGUUUCAGGGCAUCAAGCUCUGGUGGGUUUCAAUGAAAAGUGCGUCUAAGAAGUCAUCUUUUUCUUUCUAUCCUGAGUACGAAGAUAGGAAGCAGUACAAGUUGACCUUCCACAGACGCCACAGGGAUAUUGUGAUGAGGUCUUAUCUGGACCAUGUGAGGCAAGAAGGGAAGGCAAUUGCAGUGAGCAAUAGGCAGCGCAAGCUUUACAUCAACAAUACAGGGAAGGGUGCCAAGUGGAGCCACGUAGUGUUUGAGCACCCUGCAACAUUUGAGACCUUGGCAAUGGACCCGAAAGAGAAGCAAUCGAUCAUCGAUGAUCUCAUGAAGUUCAGCAAGGGGAAAGACUACUACAAGAAAAUUGGCAAGGCUUGGAAGCGUGGAUAUCUUCUCUACGGGCCACCGGGCACGGGCAAGUCUACCAUGAUCUCUGCCAUGUCUAAUCUCAUGAACUAUGAUGUCUAUGAUCUAGAGUUAACGGCUGUCAAGGACAACACCGAGCUGAGGAAGCUAUUGAUUGACAUAACUGGUAAGGCGAUUAUCGUGAUCGAGGACAUUGAUUGCUCUCUUGAUCUGACCGGACAACGAAAGAAGAAGAAGCAAGUGGAGGAAAAAGAUGGGGAUGAAAAGGACCCAAUUCCUAAAAGGCCUGAAGAAGAAGAUGCCACAACGAGCAAGGUCACUCUGUCUGGACUGUUGAACUUUAUUGAUGGGAUUUGGUCAGCUUGUGGAGGGGAGAGACUGAUUGUAUUCACCACAAACUAUGUGGACAAACUUGAUCCUGCUCUCAUUAGAAGGGGAAGGAUGGACAAACAUAUUCAGCUGUCCUACUGUUGCUUUGAAGCAUUCAAAGUGCUUGCAAGGAAUUAUUUGGAUGUAGAAUCACAUGAGUUGUUUGGAACCAUCGAGCGUUUGUUGGGGGAAACCGAUAUGACUCCGGCUGAUGUUGCUGAGAAUUUGAUGCUCAAAUCUGAUACAGAGGAUGCAGACUCUUGUUUGAAGAGCUUGAUUGAAGCACUCGAGGCUGCUAAGGUGGAGGCAAGAGUGAAGGCAGAGGAAGAAGCAAGAGUGAAGGCAGAGGAAGAAGCAAGAAAGAAGGCAGAGGAAGAAGCAAGAAAGAAAGUAGAGGAAGAAGCAAAAUUGAAGGCAGAGAAAGAAGAGAAAGAGAAGGCAAAAUCUGGUAAUUCUAAAGAUGAAGUGAAAUGUAAUGGAACAAAAGAUGAAGUGAAAUGUAAUGGAACAAAAGAUGAACUGAAAGGAACAUCAGUUGCAGAAGUCAAAGAAAAUGGUGUGACCCCGUGAAGAAGUUAUGCCCCUUGAACGAUGCAUUGGGUCAUUACCUCUUGAAGAGUCUUUAUGUCGUACUCAAGAUGUCAAUUAUAUGUUCAUUACUUUAUGUCAUUAGCAAUUUUAACUAGUAGAUCGUUUUGUGGGCAAC